UGAACACUUUUGAACACGAUACGCCAUGAAACGAUAGUUGUGGCGAUAGGUCGCAAUAGGUCGCUGUUCGGCCGAUCUUUGCGAGCACGCUUGCAAGUGACAAAAAAAAUAAGAUAAAAUAGUGCUUUUGAAUCGAAAGAGGAGGAAGCAGAUUUUUCCAAGCAUUAUUAACGGUUUUUCUUAAUUAUGGCUACACCUAAAGUGGACUGGGCGAAAUAUACCGACGAGCAAGAAAGCCUCGCCUCCAAGGUGACAAAUUUGGGUAUAUCUCAACCUACAACACCACCACAAGAAGGAAGCGAAUCGUCGAAAAGCGAUGAAACUGAUGAUCAGAUAUCACCUGCAGAAAAAUCAUUGCUGCAGAAGAUUAUCAGAAAAGGGCUAGUUGAGACCACUAAGGAUAUAGAGAUUCAACGAAAAGAUCCCACAUCCCCUUUGUACAGCAUUAAGACCUUCGAAGCACUCCAUUUGAAGCCAGCACUCUUGAAAGGAGUUUAUGCAAUGGGGUUCAAUGCGCCUUCAAAAAUUCAGGAGACUGCUCUUCCAACCCUACUUGCAGAUCCACCACAAAAUAUGAUUGCGCAAUCGCAGUCUGGUACCGGAAAGACUGCAGCCUUUGUUUUAGCUAUGCUGAGCCGAGUAGACCCCAACAAGGACUAUCCCCAAGUUCUUUGUCUAUCACCUACGUACGAAUUGGCCAUUCAAACGGGCGAAGUUGCGGCAAAAAUGUCUCAAUUUUGUCCAGAAAUUAAGCUGAAAUAUGCUGUUCGAGGAGAAGAAAUUGCUCGAGGAUCGAAAAUCACUAACCAUAUAAUAAUUGGAACUCCAGGAAAAGUUCUGGAUUGGGCUAUAAAGUUCAGAUUUUUUGAUCUGAGAAAAAUCUCGGUCUUUGUUUUGGAUGAGGCAGAUGUAAUGAUUGCCACUCAAGGACACCAGGAUCAGUGCAUACGGAUCCACAAGUUGUUGCCUCGUACUUGUCAGAUGAUGUUUUUUUCUGCAACGUAUGAAACGGCAGUGAUGGAAUUUGCUGAGAUAAUCGUGAGCAAUCCGUUGAUAAUACGUUUGCUAAAAGAGGAGGAAAGUUUGGAGAACAUCAAACAGUACUACGUCAAGUGCAAGAACAUGGAUGAAAAGUACACAGCUAUCACCAAUAUUUAUGGCGUGAUCACCAUUGGACAAGCUAUCAUUUUCUGUCAUACAAGAAAAACAGCCAGCUGGCUAGCAGAAAAGAUGAGCAAAGACGGUCACGCUGUGGCAGUUUUAUCUGGUGACCUGACCGUCGAGCAACGCAUUGCUGUUUUAGACAGAUUUCGAGCAGGUCUUGAAAAGGUCUUAAUUACCACAAAUGUCUUGGCUCGAGGAAUUGAUGUCGAGCAAGUAACAAUCGUUGUGAACUUCGACCUGCCAGUUGACCAAGAACGGCAAGCAGAUUGUGCAACUUAUCUGCACAGGAUCGGGCGAACGGGCAGAUUUGGAAAAUCUGGUAUCGCUAUCAAUCUAGUCGAUUCAUCGCAUGCGAUGCAAGUCUGUCAAGAUAUAGAAAAACAUUUCGGGAAGAAGAUACACUAUCUCGAUGCAGAAGAUGCGGAGGAGAUUGAAAAAAUCGGCGCAUAAAAUAUAGAAUUAGUAUAUACGGUAUAAUAGAUCAUAAAUGUUAUCCUACUUGAAAGACUAUGGUCGAAACUUUUACACUUUGAUAUCAGGACUGUACUUUGUUAUAAGUUGAGAUUAUUGAAUGAUGACGUAUGUUUCAAUUUUACCAUUAUAACAAAACUAUCGGUUACAAAAGAUUUUCUACACGGUAAAUAUUUACGAUACGGCGAUGUAACAUUUCGGGCAACGUUUAGUUUUGUGAUAAGUUAGUUACACUAUAAUUCUAACAGCCGAUUCAGUUGGGUGUGUGAUAUGUUGUGCGAUACGAAUAAUAUAGGUGUAUUGCACAUACGUACGGAACAUUACGUUUAUACUAUUUAUUUUUUUUUCAUGUUAUUACCUGAUGUGAUAAAACUUUUAAAAAGAGCUGUGCUCUGGAAUUAUAGUUUUGUACAAUUUAUUCCAGCUUUACCAUGUCGGAUCUUGCAAGCGGUAUCAUAAAUUUAUUUACAUGGAGUGUGAAUUCUGAAUAAAUGAAUAAAGAUAUGUUUCGUAAAAAA